AUGUUUGAGACCCAUCUCUCCGGUUGGUGUUUCAAUGCAAAUGAGGCAAACCCAACGGCGGCAGUGCCUCGGAUGAUGUCAAUCCCGCAUAAUUGUCCAGCUCAACUCCGUCCGAUUUUCGAACCCCAGCUUACUCCCUUCAAUCGUUCAAAACACUGCUGUCCAAAAAGCAGGGGAAAAGCUAUAAUGUCUACCGCACGAUUAGUCCACCGCUUGACGCGGCCAGCAACCUCUCAGGUAUCGAUCACAGCGAGAAUCACCGCUCGCUCAUUCGGCAGCUCGGCAAUCCGCCCGCAAGACAGAAAGAUUGUCAACGAGAGCGAUCGAGCUCCCUCGACAGCUCCAAAGCACCGCGCUCACCAGACCAACAGGCCCCCGAACCCGGCUGUGCCGAAUACGACGUCUACUAUGACCGAUGACUUCCCCAGUGUCGGGAAGAAGACUCCUCCGCCGGAGCUUCUAAGCGCGGUUGACCCAAACUUCAAGCCCGUAGAUACUUACCCCGGAAAGAUUGAGCACUUCACGGGGGGAAGACAGCAGCCUGGAGCGCAGAAGCCGGAGCUUGGGGUUGGUGAGAUGGAGGGCAUUACGUUCAAGGUUGAGCCGCUUCGCAGGACGGGUGAGGAUGCGUCGACGAUGAGGGCACGGUUGCUAUACCAGAGCCGGAAGCGAGGAAUCCUCGAGUCUGACCUUUUGCUCUCUACAUUUGCCGAUGUCUAUCUGGCCGACAUGAGCAAGGAGCAGCUGCAAGAGUACGACCGUUUCCUCGACGAGAACGACUGGGACAUCUACUACUGGGCGACCCAAGAUCCCCCGACCGAGGAUCAGGCCCCGUCCGAAGUGUCAAAGGAUACCCCGACAGACACAUGGCAGCGGACGGGAGCCAAGAGCGGCGAGUGGGCGCAGACCGUUGGAGCGUUCAAGGCUGCAUACCGGCCGGUUCCGUCGCGAUGGGCGGAUUCGGACGUCCUGAAGCUGCUGAGACAGCAUGUCCGGGACAACAGUGCUACUGGCUUCCAUGCUGCGAAGAACAAGAAGAACGGCGGCGGAGGCUUAAACAGAAUGCCUAACAUCCAGACGUUUAGCUCUUAG